AUGAGUGAAAAUGAGCUGGUAGCCUUGUUCGAUAAAGUCAAGGAACUGGUUCCCACAUUCGCGCCGGAGUUCUUUAUGAGCGACGACGCCGCUUCUUUCUACAACGCAUUCCGGCAGGUAUUCCCUAACGCGCGCACUCGGAAGUUACUCUGUAACUGGCAUGUGCUUCAAGCCUUCAAGCGCGCUGCUAGGAAGAAGUUGACAAAGACGUCUCUACUUGGAGAAUUCAUGACGAGGAUCCGCCUGGUGAGCAGAUCGUGUAAGCCUGUGCUCUUCGCGAAAAGAUAUGGGGACACGCUGACGUUUCUGCUCAAUGAGAAGCAGCAGGAAAUGGUAGAUUAUCUCCAUCAGAACUGGACACACCGAAUAGAAGAAUGGGGCGCUCAGCACAGAAAAAGGGCCGUCAUGAACACAUCUAUGAUGUGCGAGAGGUGGCACAAGCACCUGAAAAGAGAAGUGUUUAGCUCAAAAAGCAAAAUAAGGAUAGAUGAGUUGGUCGAUGCGCUCAUAACGACUGUAAAGGAGAUGAAGGAAGAUGCCGAAGUGAUAGUAAGUCUUGAUUCCGAUCAUUGCAGUGGAAAGAAUUUCAGUAAAAUCAUGUCAUUUAGGAACAUCGAGGGCUCAUUGAAGGCCGGUGGCGCCUCCGAAACCACCUUAUCAAUCACAAACAAGGCAUUAAGCGAUUAUGAGAAGCUGAAAGAGUUCAUUAGCGUGGUCGAACCGGGCUUGUGGAAAAUCCGCUCUAGAAGGUCAAACAGAUUCUAUAUGGUAGAGGAGGAGCGUUGCACAUGUAAAAAGGAUCUCAACCAUUGCCGUAAGCCUGGCUGCUCCGCUUGCCCGUACUCAUUUUUCUGUGAAUGCGAUGAUGACCGUAAAGCGGGCAUUUCUUGUGUGCACGUUCAUGCCGUUGUCUUAUAUGCACCACAAGGGCGACUUGCAAAUACAGAAGCUGUGGAGACUAUCGACAACAAUGUGGAUUGCUGUGAUGUUGCGCAUGCUGCUCUUGAUUUUCCUUCGUCUAGUUCUUCGCAGCUUGACGUUCCUGACCGAACCCGUCUUGACACAAACAAGGAGCUACUCCAGCGCCUUGAAAUGGAGUAUGCUAGUAUUCAUUCGGGGCUGAGACGCAUAGCGUCGCAGCCUAUAGAGCAAGCUGAACACUUGUUGAACGAGGCGCUUGUUUCCAUGAAGCGAACAAAUGUGAUUGUGAAAGGAGGGCUCUCUCUAAUAGCUCCUGCUGCGAAGAAAGUGCGAACAAUCGCGCUCCGUCCUGAGGUUCCGCUCAGAGGACCUGCGCCUGCUGAUGCCAUACCCAUCCGGAUGAAAACGGUGUAUGCUAGCAUUCAUGCGGGGCUGAGACGCAUUGCGUCGCAGCCAGUAGAGCAAGCUGAACACUUGUUGAACGAGGCGCUUGUUUCCAUGAAGCGAACAAAUGUGAUUGUGAAAGGAGGGCUCUCUCUAAUAGCUCCUGCUGCGAAGAAAGUGCGAACAAUCGCGCUCCGUCCUGAGGUUCCGCUCAGAGGACCUGCGCCUGCUGAUGCCAUACCCAUCCGGAUGAAAACAGUGAGCUCAAAUGAUUUUUGUCGGAUUUCAUUGGUCUCUUCUUGUCUUAACUCAUAG